AUGCGCAAGAUAGCGGCAAAGGCCAAGCAGGUUGCCUCUGGCAGCCCGUGGUACGGCUCUGACCGUGUGCUCUACCUCAGUCCGCUUUCUGGCGAGCCCCCGAGCUACCUCACCGGUGAGUUCCCUGAUGACUACGGCUGGGACACUGCUGGGUUAUCGGCUGACCCCGAGACCUUCGCCAAGAACCGUGAGCUGGAGGUCGUGCUCAUGGGCGCCGUCGAGGGUUACCGCAUUGCUGGCGGACCACUCGGUGAGAUCGUCGACCCGCUCUACCCGGGUGGCAGCUUCGACCCGCUUGGCCUUGCCGACGACCCCGAGGCAUUCGCCGAGCUCAAGGUUAAGGAGAUCAAGAACGGUUGCCUUGCCAUGUUCUCCAUGUUCGGUUUCUUUGUGCAAGCCAUCGUCACUGGCAAGGGUCCACUCGAGAACCUCGCUGACCACCUCUCUGACCCUGUCAACAAUAAUGCUUGGGCAUUCGCCACCAACUUUGUUCCUGGGAAAUAA